CCCACGGACUACGAUCUUGGGCGCAAGCGCUCCAACCAAAGACCCCGUACCCACGCGCGAAGUCUCUGUGCGCUGCGCGCGGAGGAUGCCAGUCACCUUUGAGGACGUGGUAGUGAAUUUCACCCAGGAAGAAUGGGAAUGUCUGGAUCCCAGUCAGAGGACCCUUUACCAGGAUGUUAUGUCAGAAACCUUAAAGAACCUGGCAUCUGUGGACCUGAUCACCAAACUUGAGCAAGAAGAGGGACAGCGGAGAGCAGAUCCCUGCCUCCUAAACAGGCCAUGUGCCCCUUCAGGAGGUGAAAAGGAGGAACAUCGAAAAGGAAAUCUGAAUCUGAGAGGUGAGAGGACUAGCCGCAGCAAGAAGGUCUCUCUUGCUUACAAGGGGGCAAGAAAGAGCCAGAGCCCACUCUCUGCUCUAGCUGGGUCUGUGCACAAGACCCCAGUUUCCCAAGCAUCCCAUGCUGAACCACCCUUUUUCUGCCAAACAUGUGACAAAUGUUUCACCAAGCGCUCCCACCUACAUUGCAACCAGUGUGGGAAGUUGUUUUGGAACCCCAAGGCCCUCAGCUACCAUAGAAGUCUGUAUCAUGUGGAGAGACCUUUUUGUUGCCCACUCUGUGACAAGACCUACUGUGAUGCUUCUGGACUGAGCCGUCACCGACGUGUUCAUCUGGGCUAUCGACCCCAUUCAUGCCCUGUUUGUGGAAAGUGCUUCCGGGAUCAGUCUGAGGUCAAACGUCACCUAAAGACACACCAAAACCAGGAACCAGUGGCUAGGAACCAGGAGUGUACCGUGAAGAUUUCAGGCACCACAGUUCCCAUUGCUAAGCGCCAGAGGCUCAUACAGAGACUUGUAGAUGUGAACUGUGCAUCAGUGGCCAGGACCCAGGAACCCAUAUUUAGAACUGAGGGGCCUGUAACCAGGACCCAGGCACCCAUAGGUAAGAACCAUGCACCUGUGACCAAGACCCAGUCACCCAGCAACAGACACUCCUGCCUUGAUCAUAGAUCCAACUCUUCUCCAGCGAAGCGCUCAAGACUCAAGGUCUUUUCUUGCUCCCGUUGUUCCUUGACUUUUAGCAAGAAGGCCUAUCUCUCUAGCCACCAAAAGGUGCACCUCACAGAGCAACUUAACAGCUGCUUCCAUUGUGGCAAGUCCUUCUCCUCAUCCUCCAGGCUGGUCAAGCACCAGCAGACGCACUGGAAGCAGAAAAUCUACCGUUGCCCCAUCUGUGACCUCUGCUUUGGAGAGAAGGAGGGCCUUCUGGGUCACUGGAAUUACUACAAAGGCAAAGAGCAGUACCUACACGGCACCCGGAAAUGCUGGGUGAUUCUGUGUGAGUGGCUUAGCUUCUUUCAAGCCCCUACGACUGGGAAGGAUUGGAAACCUGGAGGAAAUAGAUCGCCUAGGAUCCUUAGCCCCAGGACAGGGGAGAUACGGGAAAAGACAUGCAAAGGAAGUAAGGCAAAGGAGGUAGUGAGGGUCCUGGAGCUGAAACAAAGGGCCUUUCUGACUAAGGUCUUUCUUUGUAUUUGGUUUUCCUGAGGACUGGCCCCUGGGUCUGGAGGCUUGGGUAAAUACAAGUAAGUAAAUACAAUAAAGA